AUGGAGCAGAUGGACUGCAAACCCUACCAGCCACUGUCAAAGGCGAAACAUGAAAUGGAUUUAGCCUACACAAGCUCUUCAGAUGAAAGUGAAGAUGGGAGAAAAGCAAGGCGAUCUUAUGAAUCUAGGGAAACUCUCAAUGAAUACGGACAAGAACUCAGACUGAGUUACAACAGCCACAGCAGAAAAAGGAAAGCUGUUGACGAACCCACUCAAGAGAUGGAAUUUUGUGAUACCCCACACAUUUUGUGCACUGGCUACCAGGCGGACAUGCGUGCCGUUUCCCAGCGUGGCUACCCCAUAGAGAUGGGCUCGGAUGCUGACACCGAGACGGAGGGUGGAGCAUCGCCAGACCAGGCCUUGAGGAUGUGGAUGUCUGGGAUGAAGUCGGAACACAGCUCCUGCUUAUCAAGCCGUGCUAACUCAGCUCUGUCCCUCACGGAUACAGACCACGAAAGGAAAUCUGAUGGAGAGAAUGAAAUGCAAGGAAGCCCACGCAACCAGUUUACCUUCAGGCCGCUCCCACCUCCACCUCCACCUCCCCACGCGUGCACCUGCAGCAGGAAGCCUCUUUCAGCAGGCGAUUCGCUCCAGGGAAGAUCGAUGACCACCCGCAGCCAACCCAGCCCAGCUGCUCCACCUCCGCCAACGAGCACACAGGACCCGGUGCAUCUGCACAACAGCUGGGUCCUGAAUAGUAAUAUACCGCUGGAGACCAGAAGUCAGUGGGGCAUUUGCUGGCCCUCGGCUGUGGGAAUGCCUUGCACCAGAAAUCAGGAGGACUAUGCCUCUUCCCUCGUGCCGAGUGAAAUGCACUUCCUGUUUAAGCAUGGAUCUGGUUCUUCGGCAAUCUUUAGUGCAGCAAGCCAGAACUAUCCCUUAACUUCCAAUACCGUUUACUCGCCACCUCCCAGGCCACUUCCUAGAAGUACUUUUUCUAGACCUGCUUUUUCAUUCAACAAACCUUAUAGAUGCUGCAACUGGAAGUGCACUGCCUUGAGCGCGACAGCCAUCACCGUCACCCUGGCAUUGCUGCUCGCCUACGUGAUCGCAGUGCAUUUGUUUGGCCUAACUUGGCAACUGCAGCCUGUUGAAGGACAGUUGUAUGAAAAUGGACUCAGUAAGGGAGGCAAAGGCACAGAGUCUGUGGACACGACCUACUCCCCAAUCGGAGGAAAGGUUCCCGAUAAAACAGAAAGGAAAGACAUCGUGUUUCAGAAAGGACAGGCAAUAGACACAGGGGAAAUUGAAAUUGGCGAUCAGGUGAUGCAAACUAUCCCACCAGGCCUUUUCUGGCGUUUCCAGAUCAUGAUCCAUCACCCGAUGUACCUCAAAUUUAAUGUUUCACUUGCAAAGGAUUCCUUGCUCGGGAUUUAUGGCCGACGCAACAUUCCUCCCACUCAUACGCAGUUUGAUUUUGUAAAGCUGAUGGACGGAAAACAGUUAAUUAAGCAGGAACCAAGACAUUUGGAGGAAUCUCAGCACAUCCCAAGGAAUCUGAUCUUAAUGUCCAUGCAAGAAACGGGUUUCAUAGAAUAUAUGGAUCAAGGAGCUUGGCACAUGGCGUUUUACAAUGAUGGCAAGAAGAUGGAACAAGUGCUCAUGUUGACAACAGCCAUCGAAGUCAUGGAUGACUGUUCCACCAACUGCAAUGGGAACGGUGAAUGCAUCUCCGGCCACUGCCAUUGUUUCCCAGGAUUCCUUGGUCCUGAUUGUGCACGAGAUUCUUGCCCAGUGUUAUGCAGCGGGAAUGGAGAAUAUGAGAAGGGGCACUGUGUGUGUCGCAACGGAUGGAAGGGGCCGGAGUGUGAUGUUCCCGAAGAGCAGUGCAUUGACCCCACCUGCUUCGGCCAUGGCACGUGCAUCAUGGGAAUCUGCAUUUGUGUCCCUGGGUACAAAGGAGAGAUUUGCGAGGAAGAGGACUGUUUAGACCCAAUGUGCUCUGGCCAUGGAGUCUGUGUGCAAGGGGAAUGUCACUGCUCCAUGGGCUGGGGAGGAGUCAACUGCGAAACGUCGCUGCCCAUCUGCCAAGAACAGUGUUCAGGUCAUGGCACCUUCCUCUUGGACACUGGUGUGUGCAACUGUGACCCAAAGUGGACAGGUUCUGACUGCUCAACAGAGCUUUGCACGCUGGAUUGUGGUAGCCAUGGUGUUUGCACAAGAGGGACGUGCCAGUGUGAGGAAGGCUGGGUAGGCCCCACGUGUGAGGAGCGUACUUGUAAUUCUCACUGCACUGAGCAUGGGCAGUGCAAGGAUGGAAAGUGUGAAUGCAGCCCUGGAUGGGAAGGAGACCAUUGCACCAUCGAUGGCUGUCCGGGUCUGUGUUACGGAAAUGGAAGAUGCACGCUUGACCAGAAUGGAUGGCACUGUGUUUGCCAGGUGGGCUGGAGUGGAAUGGGAUGUAAUGUUGUCAUGGAAAUGAUGUGCGGAGAUAACAACGAUAACGAUGGAGAUGGUCUGACAGACUGUGUGGACCCCGACUGCUGUCAGCAAAGUACCUGCUACGCAAGCCCUCUCUGCCAAGGGUCCCCGGACCCCCUCGACCUCAUUCAGCAGAGCCAGCCACCUUUCUCCCAGCACCCCCCCAGGCUCUUUUAUGACAGAAUAAAAUUUCUUAUUGGCAAGGAAAGCACACAUGUAAUCCAAGGAGACCUUUCGUUUGAGAGCAGACGUGCUUGUGUCAUCCGAGGCCAGGUGGUGGCGGUUGAUGGAACCCCUCUGGUUGGGGUGAAUGUGAGUUUCCAGCACCAUAGUGAUUACGGAUAUACCAUCAGCCGACAAGAUGGGAGUUUUGACCUAGUGGCCAUUGGAGGGAUCUCCGUCACCCUGGUGUUUGAAAGGUCUCCUUUUCUUUCAGUGAAAAGGACACUUUGGUUGUCCUGGAAUAGGUUCAUUGUGGUAGACAAAGUAAUAAUGCAAAGAACAGAGGCAGAACCACCAACGUGCGACAUCAGUAGCUUCAUCAGCCCAAAUCCGAUUGUCCUUCCUUUUCCUCUGACAUCAUUUGGAGGAUCAUGUCCAGAAAGGGGAACAGUCAUACCAGAAUUACAGGUCGUCCAGGAGGAAAUACCCAUUCCGUCCAGCUUUGUGAAGCUCAGCUACUUGAGCAGCCGAACUUCAGGAUAUAAAACUUUGCUGCGCAUUAUUCUGACACAUUCUACCAUCCCUCCUGGAAUGACAAAAGUGCAUCUUACAGUUGCUAUUGAAGGACGGCUGGCUCAGAAAUGGUUUCCUGCUGCUACCAAUCUGGUCUAUACCUUUGCAUGGAAUAAGACAGAUAUUUAUGGCCAAAAAGUCUCUGGCUUGGCAGAAGCAAUGGUGUCCGUAGGCUAUGAGUAUGAGGCUUGUCCUGACUUGAUCCUCUGGGAGAAAAGGACUGUCACACUACAAGGAUUUGAGCUGGACGCAUCAAACCUGGGAGGCUGGUCCUUGGACAAACACCACAUUUUGAAUACACAGAGCGGUAUCGUACAUAAAGGAAAUGGAGAAAACAUAUUUAUCUCCCAGCAGCCACCAGUAAUCUCAACUGUGAUGGGUAAUGGGCACCAGAGAAGCGUCUCUUGUGCCAAUUGCAAUGGCCCGUCUCACAGCAGUAAACUCUUUGCCCCUGUUGCCAUGGCCUCUGGAACUGAUGGCAGUAUAUACAUUGGAGAUUUCAAUUUCGUUCGGAGGCUCCUUCCUUCGGGGAACACCAUUAGCAUCCUAGAACUAAGGAACAGGGACACGAGACACAGCACUAGCCCUGCUCACAAGUACUACCUGGCCAUGGACCCUGUAUCUGAAUCCCUUUACCUGUCAGAUACAAAUACCAGAAGAGUUUACAAAGUGAAAUCUCUCAGUGAAACCAAGGAUUUGACCAAAAACUAUGAGGUGGUUGCAGGAACUGGUGACCAGUGCCUUCCAUUUGACCAAAGUCACUGUGGAGACGGAGGACGGGCUUCGGAAGCAUCACUUCACAGCCCACGAGGUAUCACUGUAGAUAAGCAAGGCUUCAUUUACUUUGUUGAUGGCACCAUGAUUCGGAAGAUUGAUGGCAGCGGUGUGAUCACAACAUUAAUCGGCUCGAAUGGUCUCACAUCAACCCAGCCACUGAGCUGUGAUGCUGGAAUGGACAUCACUCAGGUCCGAUUAGAAUGGCCAACAGACCUGGCGGUCAACCCUCUUGACAAUUCGUUAUACGUGCUAGACAAUAACAUCGUCCUACAAAUUUCUCAGAACAGGCGAGUGCGGAUUAUCGCAGGUCGCCCAAUUCACUGCCAGGUGCCAGGGAUAGAUCAUGUUUUGGUCAGCAAAGUGGCGAUCCACUCCACCCUCGAGUCGGCCAGGGCCAUUGGCGUUUCGCACAGUGGUGUGCUGUACAUCGCUGAGACAGACGAGAGGAAGAUCAACCGCAUCCAGCAGGUCACAACCAACGGGGAAAUCUCCGUCGUGGCUGGGUCCCCGACAGAGUGCGACUGCAAGAUUGAUCCCAACUGCGACUGCUUCUCAGGUGAUGGUGGGUACGCCAAAGAUGCAAAGCUGAAAGCUCCCUCUUCCUUAGCUGUAUCUCCCAAUGGCACCUUGUACAUCGCUGACCUGGGGAACAUCCGCAUCCGUGCAGUCAGUCAGAAUAAGGCUCAUCUUAAUGACAUGAAUACUUAUGAGAUUGCAUCCCCAGCAGAUCAGGAGCUGUAUCAGUUCACCAGCAAUGGGACUCACUUGCACACCCUCAGUCUUAUCACCCGGGACUACCUGUACAACUUCACCUACAAUGGGGAAGGUGAUCUCAGCACCGUUACCAACAGCAAUGGGAACUCCGUCCAUAUCCGCAGAGAUGCCAGCGGGUUGCCUCUCUGGCUGGUGAUGCCUGGAGGCCAGUUCUACUGGCUGACCAUUAGCAGCAACGGAAUCCUCAAAAGGGUCUAUGCCCAGGGCUACAACUUGGCCCUCAUGACUUAUCCCGGCACGACAGGCCUUCUAGCCACCAAAAGUAACGAGUACGGAUGGACCACGGUUUAUGAGUAUGAUGCUGAUGGUCACCUAACCAAUGCAACUUUUCCAACGGGUGAGGUCAGCAGUUUCCAUAGUGACAUUGAAAAACUGAUGCGAGUUGAAAUCAACACUUCAAAUAAGGAAAAUGUGAUCACGGCUACAAACUUUUCUGCUACCUCUACUAUUUACACGUUGAAGCAAGACAACACCCAGAAUAUCUAUCGGGUCAGUCCGGAUGGGUCGCUGAGAGUUACCUUUGCCAGCGGAAUGGAGAUCACCCUGAAUACGGAGCCACAUAUCUUAGCAGGCGUUGUCAACCCCACUUUAGGAAAAUGCAACAUCUCUCUGCCUGGGGAGCAUAAUUCCAAUCUUAUUGAAUGGCGGCAAAGGAAGGAACAAACCAAAGGCAAUAUCUCAGCCUUUGAGAGACGGCUACGGGCCCACAACAGAAACCUGCUCUCCAUUGAUUUUGACCACAUCACAAGAACAGGGAAAAUCUACGACGAUCAUCGGAAGUUCACACUUCGGAUUCUCUAUGACCAGGCAGGCCGUCCAAUCCUUUGGUCCCCCAUCAACAAAUAUAAUGAAGUCAAUAUCACGUACUCACACUCUGGACUAGUGACCUACAUCCAGAGGGGAACAUGGACUGAAAAGAUGGAAUAUGACCCUGGUGGGAAGAUAAUUUCCAGAACAUGGGCAGAUGGAAAAAUAUGGAGCUACACGUACUUAGAAAAGUCCGUUAUGCUUCUCCUGCACAGCCAACGGCGCUACAUCUUCGAGUACGACCAGUCUGACUACCUGCUGUCCGUCACCAUGCCAAGCAUGGUGCGCCAUAGUUUUCAAACAAUGCUCUCCGUUGGAUACUACCGCAAUCUUUAUUCCCCACCGGACAGCGGUGCGUCUUUCAUCCAGGAUUUCACCAGAGACGGGCGGCUCCUGCAAACCCUUUAUCCCGGGACAGGGCGUAGGGUCCUUUACAAAUACACCAAGCAGUUCAGACUCUCCGAGAUCCUUUAUGAUACCACUCAAGUCUCCUUUACUUAUGAAGAGUCAUCUGGUGUUAUUAAAACAAUACACUUGAUGCAUGAUGGAUUCAUUUGUACCAUAAGAUACAGGCAAACAGGCCCAUUAAUAGGUCGGCAGAUAUUCAGAUUUAGCGAAGAAGGUCUGGUGAAUGCCAGGUUCGACUACAGCUACAACAACUUCCGUGUCACCAGCAUGCAGGCAAUGAUAAAUGAGACCCCGCUCCCCAUUGAUCUGUACCGCUAUGUUGAUGUGUCUGGCAAAACCGAACAGUUUGGGAAAUUCAGUGUCAUCAAUUAUGACUUAAACCAAGUUAUAACCACGACUGUGAUGAAGCACACCAAAAUAUUUAGUGCCAAUGGCCAAGUGAUCGAAGUGCAAUACGAAAUUCUGAAAUCCAUAGCUUACUGGAUGACCAUCCAGUACGACAACAUGGGCCGCAUGGUAAUAUGCGAUAUUCGAGUUGGGGUGGAUGCUAACAUCACAAGGUAUUUUUACGAAUACGACGCUGAUGGCCAACUGCAGACUGUCUCUGUGAAUGACAAAACCCAGUGGCGUUACAGCUAUGACCUCAAUGGAAAUAUCAAUUUGCUUAGCCACGGAAACAGUGCGCGGCUCACCCCUCUCAGGUAUGACCUCAGAGAUCGCAUUACAAGACUAGGCGAUAUCCAGUACAAAAUGGACGAAGACGGCUUUCUCAAGCAAAGAGGGAACGACAUCUUUGAGUACAGCUCCAAUGGCUUUCUGAACAGAGCUUACAACAGAGUUGCUGGGUGGACGAUUCAGUAUUAUUAUGACGGACUGGGACGACGGGUGGCCAGCAAAUCCAGCUUAGGACAACACCUCCAGUUCUUUUAUGCAGACCUCUCCAAUCCAGUAAGGGUCACUCACUUAUACAAUCACAGCAGUUCAGAAAUCACAUCCCUGUAUUAUGACCUUCAGGGCCACUUGAUUGCUAUGGAAUUGAGCAGCGGUGAAGAGUAUUACGUUGCCUGUGACAACACCGGCACACCCUUGGCUGUCUUCAGCAGCCGAGGGCAGGUGAUCAAAGAAAUUCUUUACACGCCUUACGGGGAAAUCUAUCAGGACACGAAUUCGGAUUUUGAAGUCUUCAUUGGGUUUCAUGGAGGGUUAUAUGAUUCGCUGACUAAACUGGUGCACCUGGGGCAAAGAGAUUAUGAUGUCAUCGCUGGGCGCUGGACAACACCAAACCACCACAUCUGGGAAGAAGUGAGGAAUGUCCCUAACCCAUUUAACCUGUAUGCGUUUGAAAAUAACUAUCCCGCUGGCAAAAUCCAAGAUGUGGCCAAAUACACAACAGACAUUGGAAGUUGGCUUGAGCUGUUUGGCUUUCAGCUUCACAAUGUACUCCCAGGAUUCCCAAAGCCAGAGAUGGAUGCUUUGGAGACAACCUAUGAACUUGUACAGCUUCAAACCAAGACCCAAGAGUGGGACCCUGGCAAGACAAUACUUGGCAUUCAAUGUGAACUGCAGAAGCAACUCAGAAAUUUCAUUUCCUUGGACCAGCUUCCCAUGACCCCCAAAUACAGUGAUGGGCGAUGUGUGGAUAGAGGCAAACAACCCAGAUUUGCUGCUGUUCCCUCUGUUUUUGGGAAGGGCAUCAAAUUUGCCAUUAAGGAUGGCCUGGUAACUGCAGAUGUUAUUGGGGUGGCCAAUGAGGACAGUCGACGCAUUGCUGCCAUCCUCAACAACGCCCACUACCUUGAGGACUUGCAUUUCACAAUAGAUGGGCGAGAUACACAUUACUUCAUCAAGCUGGGGUCUUUGGAAGAAGACCUUGCACUGAUAGGCAACACUGGAGGACGGCGGAUUUUGGAGAAUGGCGUCAACGUCACCGUAUCUCAAAUGACUUCCGUCAUCAAUGGAAGGACUAGACGGUUUGCUGAUAUACAGCUACAGUACGGUUCUUUGUGUUUCAAUGUUCGGUACGGGACAACCGUGGAAGAAGAGAAGAACCAUGUCCUGGAACUAGCCAGGCAAAGAGCUGUCGCUCAGGCCUGGACUAAGGAGCAAAGACGACUCCAGGAAGGCGAGGAAGGUAUUAGGGCUUGGACAGAGGGGGAGAAGCAGCAGCUUUUAAGCACAGGGAAAGUGCAGGGCUAUGAUGGAUACUUUGUUUUAUCCGUGGAGCAGUAUCUCGAACUUUCUGACAGUGCCAACAAUAUUCACUUUAUGAGACAGAGUGAAAUAGGCAGGAGGUAACAAACACACAAACAAACAAUCCCUGCCUUUGCAUCACCAAAGACUGCCUGUUUUUAAAAAAAACAUUAAGUAAAGGUUUAUUGUAUUGGUUUUUCUAGAUCAGAACUCUGUGUAUAUAUAAAUAUAGAGGGGGAAAACAUAUCCAACUGCCUUUAAAUGUGA